AUGGGGUUGGGAAUAGUUGAAAACUCUUGCUUUCCCUACUUCAUCGCUGGGAAAGAUGGGUUUGAAAGGUAUUCCGCAAGGAUCACCCUUCCCCGUUCCCCUCGUGACAUGGUGUGGCCAUUCAACCGCACCUUUUACUCGGUGGCACGUGGCGCCAUGGACAACGAAUUCCACCAAUGCACGAUACAAAACAACAAAAACAAGAGACCUUCCGGUAUUAGUCUGCCUCUCAUGCGGUCGUCAAUGUGUAUGAGUAAAUCAGGCCUAACUCUACACCGAAUGUCACGACACGGGUAUCAACCUACUCGUGCGCACACCAGUCAACGUGACGAAUGCGAAGAAACAGCUCUGCACCUCUUGAGUUGCCCCGCUCUUCAUCCACUGCGAGUUCAAUUUGCGAUAGUUGAUGAUGUACCCCUGAUGAAACUAUGUUUUUCUAAGCGGUUAGCACAGUUCUUUAUUGCGGUGGAGCGGAACUUUAUUAUACCACAGUUUUCACAACCAAGAGAAACCCUGUGCAGCCUACUUCCCAUUCCUCUAUAA